CUGCCCGAAUUCGUGGAUGACGAAUUCGGUGAGUUUCGUUCCUUUCGUCGACAAUAGGCUCUACUUCGAUCCAAAUUCUUUAUUCCGCAUCGCGACACCUGUUAUGGAUCCGCAGAACUUGGAACACCUUAUACCAUCAUCCAGAGUAAUGCAACGUCAUCGUCAUCAUCAUCAUCACCCUCACCGUCGUCAUCAUCAUCAUCACAGGAAGCACCGACGUGUAGUCAGUGAUCCAGGUACAAGAAAUUGGAACACCGUUAAUCAAGAUGUGAGACGACACCGUAGAAUGUUUAGUUGCGACACCGAUAUUACUGGAUUGAGAUUGAUGAAGGAGGGAUCGAUAGUUGAGACCGACAGGAAUAUUCCAUCUCCUGACGAGAUGAAAACGUCGACUUUUAGGAAAGUGCCAUGGCAUUCGAACUUGCACAUGCUCAAGAUCAGAAGAACUUAGCAUGACAAAAUGACGUAAACCUGAUUUGUCCAAAAAUUUGAAUAAGCUGAUCGAUCGUCUCGUUGUCUUCUUUUCUCCUUCGUUCUUCGAAGGAG